GAGAGACUGGCGAGUGGAAAAUUGACAAUAUAGGGCGUAAUUUGUUGAUUAUUUUUAGUGUCGUGAACAGUUACUUUAUUGCUGUAUUGUCUAGGUUAAGGUAUGCCCGUCGACAGCCUGUCAUCGGGCGGGUUAAAGCGAGUUUUCUCACAAAUAUUGUUACUUCACGCUGGCUGGCUAACAUUAGCCUGUUAGCUCACAGAUCCUCAAAACAGGAGCAACAAACUCCUGUAUGUCAGGGAUUUACACGGAUUCGGGUCAUUUGACCUUUUAAGGCUGUGGAACAUCAUGGCUGCUGUGGAGAAAGUAGGAAAGGAGUGUGAAGAGGAGACACUACAAACUGCUUUUAAGAAACUGCGUGUGGAUGCUGAAAGUUCCACAACUGCAGUCCGAGUCUCUGAGUCUUUGGCUUCCAGGUUGGUUGCUCGAAGUAGUCCAGAAGGAGCCAAAUCCAAAAUAACCUCCUCAAAAGAGAACUGGCUUGGAUGUACUAGAAAGUCAUCAAGAGCUGUUGUGAGGAACCAGCGCCGACGGCGAUCAAAAUCUCCCAUCCUUCAUCCUCCAAAGUUCACCUACUGCAGCAAAAUGUCUCCCCCUCCUGGACCCCUCAAACACAAGACCCCUCCAGAGCCUGAUGACACCGGCGCUGUCAGGACAGAUGUCCCAUUCUCCACCUCGUGCUCCACUGCAUUCGGUGUGGUUGGUUACGAAACCCACCUCCCUUCUCCAAAGGGUCAGGAAUCACCCCUCAAUCCCAGAACCUCCUCAGAUGACGAGAACGCUCCGGAAAACAGACCUGCUUUAGGAUGCGGCCCAGGAACGCAGGAGACAGGAGAAGCCAACACUGACUUUCAGACUCUGUCCAAGCUACAGGAAGGCGGUCAGUGCCCGUGUGGCCAGCGGGAGUGCCAGUGUCCCGGAUGGCAAGGGGUCGAGGUUUACUCUUUCACCGGCCUUCGAGAUGUGAUAUCCGAAUGUGAGCAAAAGCUGCCCGUCCCGCAGGAUCAUUCAGCCAACAGCAGAACUUCCAGCGGGAGUAAUAACGGAGCAUCAAGUUCCCCUCGCUCCUGCUCCGAACAGGCCCGUGCCUACGUGGAUGACAUCACAAUAGAGGACCUUUCCGGAUACAUGGAAUAUUACCUUUACAUCCCCAAGAAGAUGUCGCACAUGGCUGAGAUGAUGUACACCUGAGAGUUAAUGAAGAAGAUUAAAGGAGUCUAAAUUAAAAAAAAUACAAUUGAUUGAAUUAUUUAAAUAAAGCUAGUAAUGAAGAUGUUAUCGAAAAGCAAUUCUACUUUAUUGUUGUACUGAAGGUUUGUUAUGAUGUUUGUUCUUUCUUCAGAGCAUCCAGGCAACAUGAGCUGGCGAUGAAUCAUGGGAGCAUGACUCAUUCUGUGAUUUAAUUAUUAUUUUUAUUAUUUUUCUCGUUUGAUUUCGUGGUAACCGUUAUGUUUUGGUUUACAUUCUUCAAGUUGCCAAAGGUCUAACGCGGAAGACUGACUGCAGGUUUGAGUUCACAGAUAUAUGCAAACUUACAUGAUGCCAAGUAAUAAGUCUGUUCACCGUGACCAAGGAUGUGAUGUUAUCCUAAUUCUCAAUAAAACAGCUUUCUUUG